AUGGCUCUCCCAAUCAGUAGUCCAUCUCCUCGACUGGACCGAUUUCAACAAGCCAUGGAAUCAGUGUACGGAAGCUUCAGUUUAAUAGACGAUCCCAAGAAUUGGACUCCACCCUUGAAAUCCGGCGGACACCGAGGCCGAUAUCUAUGGACCGAUGCAUUCGGCGUGAUCAACCUGUUAACCAUGCACAAAGAGUACUGUCGGGCCGGAGCGCAAAGCACAGAUGACGAUAGAUAUGUUCAAUUAGCGAGGCGACUUAUUGAGACCGUCCAUGAUGUAUUGGGUCGCACAAGAGAUGGUACGGCACGAUUGCCUGGAGCGACAGAGUCGAAUCCUCUCGGUGGAGGGCUGCGAAUCGGUAAGACGGAUGAGCAUGGAUCGGACUGUGAUGGGCAAUACCACCACUAUCUCACUGUGUGGAUGUUUGCCCUUAAUCGGAUGGCGUUAGCUACUGGCAAUAUGGAAUAUAAUCGCCAGGCUGUGGCGCUAGCUUGCGCAAUUCAUCCCAGGUUCUUCGUGGACCGUGCAGCAGCCCGUCCGCGCAUGAUUUGGAAGAUGUCAAUGGAUUUAUCCGCACCUCUUGUCUCAUCCGAAGGGAAUUUGGAUCCUAUUGAUGGGUUUGUGGUUUUUCGUAUACUUCAGGCGACUGCUAUUCAUGCAGGAGAUGGUGAAGUCUUGACAGAGGAGAUUGGUGAUUAUAAACGAGUUAUGGAGCGCAAGGGAGAACAUUUUGUUUCCAAGGAUACCUUGGAUCUGGGCAUGACAUUAUGGACGGCUCAUUGGUUUUCUGAACAAGAGAACUGGGCAUCGAAUCUGGCGAACAGAUGCUUUGAACAGCUAUAUGACAUUUUCGAGAUCAAUCGGUACCUUGAUCGUAAUAUCAAAUUCCGUCUGGCCUUCCGCGAAUAUGGUACAUGCCUGGGGUGCUACUGCCAAUCGCAGCAAACAACCGACAAGGAACGGGCAGUUGACCUCAAGACUUGGGCGGAUGCCAUCAUCACAGCUUGGGAUCCAUAUAUGGAACUUUCCAUAUCCGAAGACUUGACGCCUGAGGACCUGCGACCCAUUACUCGCGUGAUGUACGCAACAGCUUUGACACCCGGUGGUAUGGCACUCCCAUGA